AUGUGGAGGAGAACUGAGAAGUUCUGGGCCAUAGUCGAAGAUGAGCCCGUGGCCUGCAGCAUUGACUGUUGGCCAUUUGACAGAAGGGGGAGGGCUCUCCUGUGCCACCACCCUGAGGGUUUUCAGGGAGCUGGGGUUUUUGUGACGGAGACCUGGGCGGCUGGGACCGGCGGCGGAACAGUCACAGCGCCGAGGGCGGCCCGCUGGGGCGAGGGCGGAGCGGGCGCCGCUGCGCUGACGGCCUCGGCAGAAAGGGGGCGGCCGCGCCCAUUUCCUCCGCUCAGCCCGGGCCGGCGGGAUCCGCAUCGGCGAGCGGCGCCUCCCUGGUGUCGGCCGCGGCGCCUCGGGACCGUGCCGGGACUGGGGCGAGUCGGCUCUGGCCGAGCCUGCGGCGACCGCCGCCCCUCCGGACGCUCCGAAGUCCGCCGCGCGGUCGGCGUUCCGGCUGCCCGCAUGGACGCGGCGCUGAAGCGGAGCCGCUCCGAGGAGCCGGCAGAGCUCCCGCCGUCCGCCCGGGACUUGGAGGAGGAGGAGGAAGAGGGGAUGGAACAGGGGCUGGAGGAGGAAGAAGAGGUGGACCCCCGGAUCCAGGGAGAACUGGAGAAGUUAAAUCAAUCCACGGAUGACAUCAACAGACGGGAGACUGAACUUGAGGUACAGAAGGCUGGGUCCCUGGUUCCUGGUGAGGUAGUGUCAGUCCUGCUGACACGAGGCUGCUUGAUUUUGUUUUAAUAGCUGGAGGAUGACUGUUGGCGUCCCCUCCAUGGAGUUGAGCAACAGCCCGCUGUCUGACAGAAUAAAAUACACUGCUGAGCCCAGUGUGUGGGUGGAACACAUGUGGAUCCUAUUUCACAUGUUUUUCAUCAUGGGAGCUCCGUGGGGCCAAAACCAGGGGUUAUGUGGAGCCUUGAAGUUCAUGUGUCUUGUGGAAAAGCUUGAAAGGAUUGAGGGGAGAAUUAGCUGCAUUGUUUCAAAGAGAAGAACGAAUGAGUUCACAGAAUCUUUUAAAUAUUUUCGGGGGGUUCCUUACGUUUGUACUUGGAAACAUUGCGUAUUUCCUUAGACAUCUGCCGUUUUUGACUUUCUGUCCUAAAAAUUCACCCCCCUUCCAUCUCCCUGCUCAUUUCUUUAUUGUCUGCUUGCAUGUAGAAUGUAAUUAUCUUAAUGGUAAGGAAAAGCUGUUUAGACUGGAAGGGCUUUCCUGCUGGGAAGAAAUCUUGGGAGAGACUAGAACUUGAUUUGAAUUUCAUGAGCAUCUUCCAACGUGAGUGUAAACAGAUGAGCAUUCUUCACAACUACCAAUUAGUCCCCAGCCCUUUUUAGUAGUGGUUGGAUUUACCAUCCAUCAGCAAAUUUGAACAAGCCCCGCAUGUAUCUGAGAGCCUGUGAAUGAUUCUGUCAGAGUUGAAGGGAUGCAGGGAGCUAUUGGGAGGACCGUUUCUGUAGCAGGAGAAAUAGCAGGGAAGGUCACCGGAAAGGGCAGGAAACAUCUGGUCCCUAAGAAUGAGGGUGGGGG